AUGCAAUUAUCAAAUUUUACAGCCAGGGCAGAUUUGCCAGAGCCAAAUUAUGUGAACCCAGCCACUCAAGGCAAUGGACUUCUGAUUGUGAACAUCGUCGGCAUCUGUCUGGCUUUUUUGGCUGUUUCUCUCCGUCUCUACACCCGUUACCGAAUUACCUGCACUCUUGGUUUUGAUGAUGCUCUCAUUGUUCUUGGAUUGGCUUUUGCUUUUGCAAUGGCUAUAGUGACAUCGGUCGCCACACAAGAUUGGGGCGCUAAUCGGCACAUCUGGGAUAUUCCUGUAGAUUGGCUACCCGUUGUGGCGCAGUUGAACUUAGUCUUCCAGAUUAUGUUCUCGUGGGCUUCAAGCCUGACCAAGAUAUCUCUGUUAUGGUUCUGCCGUCGUCUUGUCGGGGCUAGUAAGGGCAACUAUGUGGUGUUCAACCAUACACUCGCUGGGUUUAUGAUCCUUGUCUUCGUGCUUUGCGUGAUAUUCACAUUUUUGAGUAUAUUUCAAUGCUCACCAGUCAAGGCAUUAUGGGACGUUAACCCCACGUAUCCGUAUAAGUGUAUCGAGGAGGGCCAUAUCAUCUUCUCCGCCAGUGUGAUCAAUAUCUUUACCGAUUUUGUAUCAACUAUUCUCCCGAUGUCACUCAUAUGGAGUUUGAGACUUCCUACCCAUCAGAGACUUGUGGUCAUCUCUAUAUUCGGACUCGGAAUUCUUGUCAACGCUGCAGGUGUAGUGCGCACAAUCUAUGUAUGGAAGGCUUUCUUUGUCUCCAGCACCGACAGAACAUGGAUGGCAUGGAUAGUUCUGGUGUCUGCGUCAUUGGAAAUCAACUUGGGUCUGAUCUGCACCUCAGCACCAGCUUUGAGACCACUCGUUGUAGCAUUACUGCCUCAUCUACUCGAAUCCAACCCCACGUUCACCGAAUAUAAAAAUCCAAACCAGUCCCAGAACUUCUUGGUCUCAGCCGGCCUCUCUCGAAAUCGAUCAUUUAAAGUUUUUGGCAAUGACUACAGACAAGCCGGAUACGAGAGUGACCAUCUCGAGAUCAUGCGAACUGUUGAAUUGGAGACAAGAACUGAUCCAAUAAUUCCCUUCACCGUUACUGGAAAUAGUGAAUCUUUGAGUGACGAGCAAGGUGAUACAAAGCUGGGUCCCGUCUUCACUACUGGGAGUGAAAAAUCCCGUGGCUCACUAUUACGCAAUGAUGCUCCUCGUCAGUAG